CGAACAAUAGUUAUACUCGCAUAUCAAGGUUUUGUGUAAUUUUAUAACUAAAGCACGCUAUUUUUCUCGUUAACGACUACAUGAUCUGUCAAUCUGUUAUGUCUUGUACGGACUUUUAUUAGUGCCAUAAUGUACGAAUACCGGAUAACAGUGAAGACUGGUGAUCGACCGCGAGCGGGUACCGACGCCAAUGUUUAUGUCGUCCUACACGGCGACGCAAACCUGAAGACCCCUCCCACCAAACUGGAUGCAUUUUUUCAUGACGACUUCGAGCGCGGACAAACGGACGUUUUCACCGUGAAAAAUAUCGAGUUUGAGAAAGUGUCGGUGCUGGAGAUAUGGAAGGACGACGCUGGCUGGUACACGGAAUGGAACAUUGACACGGUCAAGAUAGAAAACCUCUCGGGCGGCUGGGAUGCAGUGUUUCCAGUAUUCCGCUGGAUCAAGUCGAAUGUCCACUACAAAUUCAGACCAUAUGACACCUGCCUCCCCCAGGACGACAUUUUUCCAGAACAACGCACUCGAGAACUUGAGGAUAAGCGGACAUUGUACGAAUACUCGCAGUUGGAACCAGGAUUUCCAGUACAAGCGCUUAAAGUUCCCCCAGAUGAGGAGUUUUCAUUCAGUUACCAGUGGGACAUCACGAAGAAGAAGUUGAUUCUCAUGGGGACCAGUAAGUUGAAGACACUGUUUCGCGGUGACUGGCAGUCGGUGGAAGACGUCGAGAGCAUCUAUGAUGAUAAAAUGUUCCCUCGCCCAUCCGACUGCACCAGGUGGCUUAGUGACGAAAAAUUUGGACGACAGCGUUUUGACGGUUUGAACAGCAUGGUCAUUCGUCUGUGUACAGAGGUGCCUCCGAAGAUGGCCGUUGAUGACGAAAUGAUGCGUCCCUUUCUACAGGGCCUAUCGCUUGAGGAGGCGAUCAAGUCAAGGCGAAUGUUUGUGAUUGAUCAUAGCAUCAUGGAUGGAGUGCCCACUCGCCCGGGGGUUUUCUCUUGUGCUCCUAUUGCGCUCUUCUUUCGUCGGGAUGACGGCAAGAUAGUGCCUGUAGCGAUCCAACUGUUUCAGCACCCGGCGCCCGACAAUCCCGUGUUCUUGCUGUCAGAUCCGAAAUACACAUGGAUCUUGGCAAAAAUGUGGUUUAACUGCGCGGACGCACAGAUUCAUCAGUCGAUCGCGCAUCUUGGCUUCACACAUAUCGUCAUGGAAGGCUUCAUUAUCGCUGCUCACCGUCAUCUUUCCCAGUCGCAUCCCAUAUUUAAACUGCUGGCACCGCACUUUUUAUACCUGAUUGCCAUCAACCACCGCGCUAUAGAUAAGCUAAUGAACCCUGGCGGCCAUAUUGACAACACACUCAGCGUGGGGAGAGACGGUGGGGUCGAGUUAAUUGGCCGCCAUCGGCCAUUAUGGCAAUUGGACGUAGACGGUACCCUUCCGGCAGAUCUUAAGGCCCGCGGAGUGGAUGACCAAGAAGUAGUACCUGACUACCCUUGCCGUGAUGACGCCUUGCUCUCUUACAACGCCAUACUUUCGUACGUAACGAAGUACGUACAUCUCUACUAUGCCGCCGACGACGUGCUUAUCAAUGAUCCAGAAAUUCAGUCGUGGCGCCGCGACCUUGAUCUGCCAAUGGAGGCUGGCGGCCUUGGAGUCAAAGGAGUCCCCGGAAGUGAUGGAAAGUUCACAUCACGUGAUCAGCUUGUGUCGGUUCUGACAAGCAUCAUAUACACGUGUAGUGUUGGUCACGCAUCUGUGAACUUCAAACAAUAUGACGAAUAUGGAUUUCCAAUGAAUUACCCGUCGUGGCUGAAGGGUGAUCCUCCGAAGGACAAAUCUGCAAAGACAGAAAGAGACAUUUUAAACGCAAUACAUCCACGAAAGGCUCAAAUGAAAGUGAUGUUGGUUUCAAAGAUUUUGAGUGAGCGCAGUACAAGGCCGCUUGGGGAUUUCGAGGUCGACUACGUUUACGACCCUCCUGCGGUGCAAAUACAGAAGGAAUUUCGCGAGCAGCUCAAGAAUGUCAGUGACGUCAUCAAGCGCCGAAACGAGACUAGGGAAUAUCCCUAUCCGUAUUUGGACCCGGCGGAAAUUCCAAACUCGAUAAGCAUUUAAGAGUUGACCUGCAAAUCAUGCAACAACUUCAACACAAUGGGUCAUGCUUUAUAGUUAUAGCAAACGAUUAUGGAACAAAUAGACAUUGUGGUGUUGAUAUUAAUAUUUGUUAACUGUACAUGUUUAUUAGUAUCAAUGUAAGAUCGCACUAUAUUUCACCCGGUGAUAACCAAAAGCUAUAUUUUAAGAGUGGCAUAGCCACAAGUAGUGUUUAGGAGGCGAAAUAUUAUUGCGAUGUUAGACUUGUUAUUACUACAUAAAAGUACAUAAAAAUGAUACUUAAUUGUUGUCUUUUCGAAAGGCGCGAAAAAGUGUAUCUGAACGCUAGUUUUAUAUAAAAACUGUAUCAUGACAUUAAUUCAUGAUGAUGACGUCAUUUAUGAUAUAAAAGAGGAUAUGCGUAGUAUAUAUUAAAAUACAAUUCUGCUAACAAAUAGGAACUACUGGAACUAUGCUUAAGUGCUUAAAAGCCUUACACUUAUGAUUUUAGAUGGACUAGGAUCAAUGGGCAAAACACGAGCGAAAAACACACAAAAGGCACGCAAAGACAAAGUCUUAAAAUGUACAUGGAUAUAAAUAUGAUUAUCAAUACAAGGUCGAAGUUGUUUCCUUAGGGAUAUAUAAAAUAUAUAUUUUGAUAUAUGUAUAGUAUGUCUGUGUUGUUCUGUGCGUUUUGUGUCUGUUGGGCUUUGACCUUGUGCCUUUUAAACGGGGUCAUCGUAAAUUGUUUUAUUACUGGACUAGUGACUGUAGUUUUAUAGUAUUUUUGGAAUGUUCAGUAAUUUUAAUCCAUUUUCGAUCUUUUCACUUGUUUGAGCCGCCGGUUAUUUA